CAAACCACCAAGGUUUCUGCUAAAAUGUCUGUAGUACUGUUCUUUCUUCUUAUCUUCUCCAUUAAUGGAGCUAAAGCCCAAACAAAAGUUACGGGUAUCGGUAUACUCAUUGAUUCUAAUACCCGUAUUGGGAAAGAAGAGAAAGUAGCCAUGGAAAUUGCAGCUCAAAACUACAACAACCAUUCAAACACUCACAAAGUCACUCUUCAUGUCCUAGACUCCCUUAGAGUCACUACUUCUGCCGCAGAGAAGAUGAUUAGGAAGAAAAGGAUAAAAGUGAUGAUUGGCAUGCACACGUGGCCAGAAGCAGCUCUUGUAGCCGAUGUUGCGGGGCAAGCUCGUGUUCCGAUCAUUUCGUUCGCAGCACCAGCCAUCAACCCACCUCUAAUGCCACUUCGUUGGCCUUUCUUGAUACAAAUGGCUAAAAAUGGUUCUCAACAGAUCAAAUGCAUUGCAGAUAUUGUUCGUGCGUACAAUUGGCAAAGGGUCAUUGCAAUUUCUGAAGAUGGAGCUUAUGGCACUGACUCCGGCAUGUUUGCACUUUUGUCCGGUGCUCUACAAACUGUUGGUUCGGAGAUGGAGUACCAUUCGGUUCUCCCACCAAUUUCUUCUGUGUCUGAUCCGGAAAGGGUUGUCCAAGAAGAGCUUAUUAUGCUAAAGAAAAAAAAAUCUCGGGUUUUUGUCGUCCUUCAUUCAUCACUAGAGAUGGCAACUUAUUUAUUCAGAGAAGCUAAGCAGAUGGGACUAGUCGGGAGAGACUCGGUUUGGAUAAUUUCAGACAGCAUUAUGAAUCUGCUGGACUCUAUCAACAACUCCGUUAUUUCAUCAAUGGAAGGCGCGUUGGGAAUCAAGACCUACGACUCCGAGAAGGUUGGCAAUUCUGAGUAUCAAGAUUUUUAUCCCCAGUUCCGGAAAAUAUUCAGAACCGAAUAUCUAGAGGAAGAUAACUCCGGCCCUGGAAUCUAUGCUCUACGAGCAUAUGAUAGCAUUAGGCUUGUCACAAAAGCGAUAGAGAGAAUGGCUAAUAACACAAGAAGUAGUCCUAAGAUAUUGUUAGACAAUAUGUUAUCAAGCAAUUUCUCUGGUCUAAGUGGUAGAAUACAUUUUAAAGCAGGGCAACUCUCUGAAAGUCCUGUAUUUCGGAUUGUAAGCGUGGUUGGGAAGAGAUACAAAGAAAUAGACCUCUGGACACCAGAUUUCGGCUUCUCAAUGAGCCCUUUUGUUGAUAAAUGUGAAGCUAAAAUUUUCCAUGGUAGCUUGUUUUUUACGGCAAAGUCUUUGUUCAUUCCAGAAAGGAAUCAAACAGGUUGGGAAAUGCCUACUGAUUCAAAGCCAUUGAAAAUCGGAGUUCCAGGUGGAAGCCCGUUUAAGACAUUUGUGAAGGUGAAGUACGGGGAAAAACCGAAUCAAAACGAAUAUGAUGGCUUUUGCAUUCAUGUUUUCAACAAGGCGCGAGGCCUGUUAGAAUAUCAUCUACCUUAUGAAUUUGAGACACGCAGGGGCACCACCUACAAUGAUCUGAUUCAUCUUGUCCAUAAUAAGACUUAUGAUGCUGUCGUUGGCGACUUCACCAUACUAUCCGACAGACUGCAGUACGUUGAUUUUACUGUUCCAUAUACUGAGUCAAGUUUGGUACUGAUAGUUCCAGCAAAAUCCGAGAGGUUAGAAUUUAUGUUUGUAGAGCCUUUCACUUGGGGAUUGUGGGUAGUCACUGGUGCCAUUUUGAUGUACACAACGUUCACAGUUUGGUUCCUGGAGCACCAAUCCAACCCAGAAUUUAGUGGCCCAUGGAAGAAUCAGAUCAGUACUGCACUUUGGUUUACCUUCUCCUCUCUGUUCUUUGCUCAUAGGGAGAAAAUCAACAGAAACGACACACGUUUGGUGAUUCUGGUGUGGCUCUUUGUAGUGAUGAUCCUAGCCUCGAGCUACACUGCCAGUUUGUCUUCAAUGCUCACCGUGCAACAACUACGACCAAAUGUUGCAGACAUUGAGUGGUUGAAGAACCACAACUUGAAAAUUGGUUGUCAGUAUAAGUUUAUAUGCGAAUAUGUGGAGAAUGUGCUUAACUUCAAGUCAGACAAUAUCGUGAAAAUAAGCUAUGAUUAUAUGUACCCCGAGGAAUUCAAGAGCAAAUAUAUAGCUGCGGCCUUUCUCGAACUCCCUUAUGCGAAAGUUUUCCUCAAUAAGUACUGCAACGAAUUCACCGGCACCAUGGCUAGCACCAAAUAUGGAGGAUUCGGCUUUGCCUUCCAGAAAGGGUCGCCAAUUGCCGGGGAUUUUUCUAAAGCCAUUCUACAGCUAUCGGAGAAUGGAGAUUUGAAGUCACUGGAAGAUGAAUGGCUGACUCCCUCACAUGAGUGCUCAACCAACAAAACUUCCAACAAACCUAAUAGCUUGAGCAUUAAGAGCUUUGGGUUCCUGUAUCUAUUAUCCUUUUCCACUUCUACCAUUUGUCUUCUACUAUCGUUAAUUCGUUGGCGAGAUCCAUGCAAUGAGAGCAUUUGGCAGAAGGUGGUUAGACUAGUAAGAUACUUUCACAUCAAGAAUCGAGGAAGCCCUCCAACUCCCGCAGACAUAUCGUCGACAAAUGAAGGCAUAUCAGAUGCCAAUGAAUCCCCUUCGAGGCUGGACUUCAUCAGCAAUUCUAACAGUCCAGAGAGCCAUCCUCCCUUGCCUGCCAGCAUAAACUGAAAAGCAGCUUGCUCUAAAUUGUUUCGAGGAGAAUAAUCAAUACAUACUUAGAAUAUCUCAGAACAUCUGUGAAUACACGCACUACACAAGCAUAUAUACUAUGCUUAUAUCUAGGCAUUACCCAACAUAGUUUGUAUAAAAAAAAUAUCUUCUGAAAUACUAGUGAUAUACAGUUGUUUGGCUGAUCAUGGAAAUGAUCCUGAAAAAGCCUUUUUCUUGUUUACCUGCAAUAUUGAAAACAAUCAAUGUUUUAUGU